CAUUUGGUUCACAGCUGUUGUUAACAGUAUGCUAAAAGUCUGUUAAUAGUUAUGUUUUGUAACAAACUUGCAUGAGUUUUAAUUAAAAGGAAUUUUCUGUGAAAAUGCAAAGUAUAACUCGCCUGCUUAGCACAUGCACUUUAACUCUGCAGCCGCACCACCGCGGUGCAUUGUCUGUGCUUCAACAGCUGCGUACCAAGACGAAAGUGGUUGAAAAACCCAAACCAGGCGCUGGCCAACAAUUCCGGCGUACAGUUCACUUUCCGAAUGAAUAUACCGUAGCACCUUUGAAAAUAACACAUUUGGCUGGUCGUGAUCCCGUCAGCGGUCGCAUGGUUGCCAAGGGAAUUGGCGGCGGCAUUAAACAGCAAUAUCGUUGGAUCAAAUGGGUGCGCGACGGCCCCAGCGAAGGAGCCCCACAGGAGGAGAUCGUUGUGGAGCUGCUUAACGACGGUUGCCGCACUGCAAAGGUGGCGCUAGUUGCUGUCGGAGACGAGUUAAAGUACAUACUGGCCACAGAGAAUAUGCGAGAGGGUGAUAUACUGAAAACGUCGCGAGUGAUUCCGCGUAUACCAGUGCGUCCUAACGACGGCGAUGCAUACCCUUUAGGCGCACUGCCCGUCGGCACACGCAUUCACUGCCUGGAAAAGAAUCCCGGUCAGCCCUGCCAUUUGAUUCAUGCUGCCGGUACCUUUGGCACUAUUCUGCGCAAGUUUGACGACAAAGUGGUGGUGCAGUUGCCCUCCAAGCGGGAAUUCGCCUUCGAUCGCACCUGUAUGGCCACCGUGGGACGGCUGUCGAACGUGGAACAUAACAAGGAGCAUGUGGGCAGCGCCCAACGCAUGAGAGAGUUGGGCAAUCGGCCAAGGUCGGGUCUGUGGAAGCGGAAGGAGGGCAAACAUGGCAGAAAGAUACGUCGAUUGCCCCCCAUGACAACAAUAGCGCCGCCACCAUUGCCCAAGGAGCAGGAAAUCAAGCUGACGCUCAAUUUGUAGAAUACUUUGGAUGCUUGUUGUGAAAAUUUCAUUUCUUACUUUUGCUAUUUGCUAUGUGUGCCAUGUGCAACAUACGAUUAAACAACUAUGUGAGAAGCA